AUGCUCGUGUGUCGCCAUCUCCCUGUGAGCCCUCGACUCGAGCCCUCCCGCGCCAUGCGCUCACCUGGUCAGUAGCCACGGCAAAUCGCUCCUCGUGUGCUGGCGAUGGAAAGCCAGCCACAAAGGGGACCCCAAACAGCAAAACAGCAGAAAUUGAUGAAAUGGAUAAUCUAUAGGGUUUUCUGGGGUUGCAGGGUAUGAACCCAGCACUCCUUUCCCGAGAAAGGCUAAGUUGCUUCAUUGCGUCAGAUCGGUAGGUGGGCUGCCUUCUCACAAGCAAAGCAAUUCAUGAAUGCGCCAUCCACACUGUCAGCGGUUGUGUGUGUGCUCUUUCUUGUUUUGUCUGCAGUUACUCUUGUCCGCCAUGACUCAGCCUCGGCCCAGCAGCAGGAGCAGCGACCUGGACUCGCCCGUCAUCAACGGCGAGGCGGUCCGCUGCAUCUUCGGUGACUCGCGAGUUCGGCUGCUCACGGUCAAAGACGUCGGCAGCCUCAGAGUGGCGGCCCGCCACCACAGCCUCGUCGACUUCCCUCCCAAUGCCCUCCGCACCCGACUCACCCACUCGCUGCAUCAAAUUCGGCUCGCCGACGGCACACGGCUCAACACCGUGCUGGUCUUCGACGCCCAGACGGUGUCUGAGCCACGUGUGCUGCUGGCGGCCAUGUGGCUGGUGGAGGAGCAGACGUGGGACGUGGUCGCCGACAUACUGCGGCUGGCAGCGCAGUGCGGCCGCUGCACGCUGCCGGUGCGGCUGACUGCUGACGAUAUCAACAGAAUCGCUAACAAGACGGUAAGAUACACACACACAGGGGCAGGAGGGCAAAGAGAGGACCUCCUCCAUCCUUCUCUCUCUCUCUCUCUCUCUCUUUUGUAUGUGUGGCGCGUAGGUGUAUUUGGCCGCUCCCCGUGUGUUGGCUCAGCUCAAGAUGGUCGGCCCCCACAUCCACUUCCGCGACGGCGUGACCUUCCAGCUGUUCGACCAUGGCAACACACUGCGGGCCGUCAAGGACGAAGACGGCUUCGAGAUCGAUAUCCCCCCGCCCCUCCCUCCCAGCCACCCUCUUUACCAGCAGCACCGACAGCAGCAUGACCCGCCCGUCCGCACCAGGAUCGACUAUUUUGCGCCUCUGGGCUGGCGGUCGCUGACUGUCCCUUGGGACUACUCAUCUGUGUCGUCGUCUGUCAAGAGCAUCGUCAUCAACCACUUCUGGUGGACUCACUAGAUUAACUCCACUGCCCGUAUGAUCGACAGGUGUGGCGGGGCGUCACUCUUUGCGGGCAUUCCGACGUCACACGAGUGUAUGUUAUGUGUGUGUGUCAGAGAUGUCGACAACAACCGGCUGGACACUCUGCUGACACAGUUCUCCUACACACCAGUGGAGGGAUGCACCACCACCGCAACAUACCGCUCCACUGCCGGCUUCCCUCGGCGUCGCCUCGUCCUGACCCGUGCCAGCCACCCCUUCGUGGCGUGGAUCGCCGUCACGCACCUGCUGGGCGACAACGGUUAGCCCAGCCCGGCACAGCUAGGGGGAGGAAAUGUGCUCCCUGUCGUUCCUUUGCAGUGCAUGUUGAGGUCUUCACCACCGAGUCGGCUGUGUCUGGUGUGGGUGGCGCCUUCAAGGACCGCUUCCCUCACACCACUCGGCUGGCGCGGGCGGUGCUGGGGGCCGUCAUCUCGGCCAUGAUCUUCGACCGAUAG